AACUUCAGUAACCCGGGAAAUUUGAGAUUUGCAAUUUUAUUUUGGCGACCCAAAAAUUCCCAAAAACUUUCAUCGCACAACUCAUUUUUCACGCAAUUUGCUUCUUCUUUCUCUCUCCUACUCUCCCGCCUUCGUUACUCCAUCUCUCUCUUCAAUUUCUCCCAAUCAAUUCUCACUGAUUGCUGCAACUCAGGUUGCGGCAAAGUGUAUCUGCUGUAAUCAUGCAUAUAAAGCAGGUUAUUAUUGAAGGUUUUAAGAGUUAUAAAGAACAAGUGGCCACUGAAGCAUUUAGUUCAAAGGUUAAUUGUGUAGUUGGUGCUAAUGGUUCUGGAAAGUCAAACUUUUUUCAUGCAAUCCGUUUUGUCCUCAGCGAUCUUUUCCAAAAUCUUCGUAGCGAGGACAGGCAUGCGUUACUUCAUGAAGGAGCAGGAAAUCAAGUUUUGUCUGCAUUUGUGGAGAUCGUGUUUGAUAAUACUGACAAUCGAAUUCCGGUUGAUAAAGAUGAAGUCCGCUUGCGGCGCACAAUUGGGCUCAAAAAGGAUGAAUACUUUCUGGAUGGGAAACAUAUCACGAAGACAGAGGUCAUGAACCUUUUAGAAAGUGCGGGAUUUUCUCGCUCAAAUCCUUACUAUGUUGUACAGCAAGGAAAGAUUGCAUCAUUGACACUUAUGAAGGACGCAGAACGACUAGAUCUGCUCAAGGAAAUUGGAGGUACUCGAGUUUAUGAGGAGAGGCGGCGUGAGAGUUUGAAAAUCAUGCAUGAAACUGGUAAUAAACGAAAACAGAUUAUUGAAGUAGUUAAAUACUUGGAUGAGCGGUUGAAGGAGCUGGAUGAAGAGAAGGAGGAUCUGAGAAAAUAUCAGCAGCUUGACAGGCAGAGAAAAUCCCUGGAGUACACCAUAUAUGAUAAGGAACUCCAAGAUGCUCGACAGAAGUUAGCCAAGGUUGAAGAAGAGCGGGACAAAGUUUCCGAGAAGUCAACUACAAUGUACAACGCUGUUCUGGAGUCUGAAGAAAAAUGCAAGGUCUUGGACAAGGAUUUGAAAAGGCUUUCCAAAGAGCUUCAAGUGUUGAGCAAGGAGAAAGUGGCAGUUGAGAGUCGUCGUACAGAAGCAAUAAAAAGGAAGACACAACUUGAGCUUGAUUGCAGAGACUUGAAAGAGAGGAUUUCCAGAAGUUCACGUGUCAAGAAUGAUGCUGCCAAACAGCUUGAGUUUGUGAAACGGGAAAUCUCUGAGUCAACUAAUGAGAUUGAAAUAAUUAAGCCUUCGUAUGAUGCCUUAAAGAUGCAGGAGAAUGAGAUGACUAAAGGAAUAAUGGAGCGUGAAAAGAAGCUCAGUAUCCUUUAUCAGAAACAAGGUCGGGCCACUCAGUUUUCUAGUAAAGCAGCUCGUGAUCAGUGGCUUCAAAAGGAAAUAGAUGAACUUGAGCGAGUUCUUUCUUCAAACCAGUUACAGGAACAGAAGCUCCAGGAUGAAUUUGAUAACCUCAAUGCUCAGCUCAGGGAUAUAGAUGAUUUUAUUAAAUCCCGAAAAGCUAAUUUGUCAGCACUUGAAAGCAACAUUAAUCAAUCAAACGAUGGGUUUAUCACAUCCAAGGGGCAAAGAGACAAGCUACAAGAUGAGCGAAAGUUGUUGUGGGAAAGAGAAAAUGAGCUGUCGUCUGAGAUCGAAAAAUUAACGUCCGAGUUGGUGAAGGCGGAAAAGAAUCUUGACCAUGCCACUCCUGGUGAUAUUAGGAGGGGACUGACUUCUGUUAGGAGAAUUUGCGACCAGUACCGGAUUGAGGGUGUCUUUGGGUCACUCAUUGAGUUGUUGGAAUGUGAUGAGAGGUUCUUUACUGCAGUUGAAGUUACUGCUGGAAACAGCUUAUUCCAUGUGGUGGUUGAUACAGAUGAAACUGCAACUAAGAUUAUUAGGCAUCUCAAUGCCUCAAAGGGUGGACGAGUGACAUUUAUACCUCUGAACAAGGUCAGGCCUCCACAUGUCACCUGUCCACAAAAUGACGAUGUAGUACCUUUGGUGAAGAAAUUAAAAUUUCAAGAAAACUACACUAAAGCAUUUUCCCAGGUAUUUGGAAGAACUGUGGUCUGUCGAAAUUUGGAUGUUGCUGCCAGAGUUGCUCGUACUGAUGGUUUAGAUUGCAUUACUCUGGAAGGUGACCAAGUAAGCAAGAAAGGUGGGAUGACGGGAGGAUUCUAUGAUUAUAGGCGCUCGAAAUUGAAGUUUAUGAAUAUAAUUAAGCAGAAUACACGGGUAAUUAAUAUGAAGAAGAAAGAGCUAGAGGAAGUAAGGCUCCAACUUCAAGAUAUAGAUCAGAAAAUUACUGAGAAGAUUACAGAGCAGCAAAAAAUAGAUGCUGAUCGUGCUCAUCAUAGAUCAGAAGUGGAGCAGCUUCGUCAGGAUAUUGCAGAUGCUAACAAGCAAAAGCGAUCAACAUCUACUGCUCUAGAAAAGAAGGAAAAAUUACUUUCUAAUGUACGUACACAAAUUGAGCAACUUAAUGCCAGUGUAGCCCAGAAACAGGCUGAGAUGGGUACAGACCUUGUUGAUCAUUUGAAUCCAGAGGAGAGGGUUCUUCUGACUCGAUUGAACCCAGAGAUCAAGGAAAUGAAGGAGAAACUAAUGGAAUGCAGGUCAAAGCUUAUAGAGAUUGAAACAAAAAAAUUGGAGCUUGAGACAAAUCUUUCCACAAAUCUGUUGCGUCGCCAACAGGAGUUGGUUGACAUUAUGUCAUCUGCAGAUGAUGAAAUGUUAUCUGCUGAGGCCGAAUCAAAUCAGAAGGAAAUGGAUGAGGCCAAAUCUUUAGUGGAUGAGGCAACAGAGGAGCUAAAAAGAGUUUCUGCGUCAAUGAACAAUAUAACGAAGAAACUAAAGGAAAUUAAAAUUGAAGAUGAUAGAUUGCAGAAAUUAAGAGUCGAUUAUGAGAAAAGGCUUCAGGAGGAAGCAGAAGAACUGGAGAAGUUAAUAAGUAACAAGAAUAUGCUUCUUGCUAGGCAGGAAGAGUACUCAAAGAAAAUCAGGGACUUGGGUCCGUUGUCUUCAGAUGCUUUUGACACGUAUAGGCGGAAAGGUGCAAAAGAAUUGCAUAAGAUGCUUCAUAAGUGUAAUGAACAACUUCAACAGUUUAGCCAUGUGAACAAAAAAGCUUUGGAUCAGUAUGUAAAUUUCACAGAGCAACGGGAAGAGCUCCAGAAAAGGCAAGCUGAGCUGGAUGCAGGUGAUGAGAAAAUUAAAGAAUUAAUAGAAGUUCUGGACCAACGAAAAGAUGAGUCUAUAGAGCGUACUUUCAAGGGUGUUGCUAGGAACUUUCGUGAGGUAUUCUCUGAACUUGUGCAAGGAGGUCACGGAUUCUUGGUUAUGAUGAAGAAAAAGGAUGGAGACAAUGGAGAUGAUGAUAUGGAUGAAGAUGGGCCCCAUACAGCAGAUACUGAGGGAAGAGUAGAGAAAUAUAUUGGAGUGAAAGUGAAGGUAUCAUUUACUGGGCAAGGGGAGACACAGUCUAUGAAGCAAUUAUCUGGUGGUCAGAAAACCGUUGUAGCAUUGGCAUUGAUCUUUGCCAUACAGAGAUGUGAUCCAGCCCCAUUUUAUCUUUUUGAUGAAAUAGAUGCAGCACUAGAUCCUCAGUACAGAACAGCUGUUGGAAAUAUGAUCCGUAGGUUGGCCGACCAAGCAAAUACACAAUUCAUUACUACUACUUUUCGACCAGAGCUUGUGAAAGUUGCUGACAAGAUUUAUGGAGUGACACACCAUAAACGUGUCAGUCGAGUAAAUGUUGUCUCUAAAGAUGAAGCGUUACAGUUCAUUGAGCGAGACCAGACUACCAAUGCCGAUCAGUGAGGGAUCAAUUGUGCUGGAUUCGCCUGUUGUGAGAUGAUCAUAUGGUGGACAACCUGAACUGACCCAUCUAUUGCUGAGCCUGUACAUUAGUUUAGAUCAGAGGUCUAUGUUGUACAUAGAUAUGGUAGUAGGAUGGAUAACGGACAUUCUGAUUACUUUUUUAAGUAUUGGCAGUAUAUAGUGUUGCACAUACGCACAAAUUCACAAUGAUACUCGUACGUAGUUUUAUUUAUUUAUAUUCUUGUUGAUCAACUCUGUUAUUUGGUCAUUUUGGAACCAAUAUAUUUUUAUUUUGCUAACA